CCCGCCCACCUGGAGAUGUUCUUCCUAAAACGUGGAGCAUGCCCCAAAGAUCCCGCCACUGGCUGCCCCAUCUUCACCGCGCACCCCACCCACGGGAAGGGAGGGUCUUUUAUGAGCCCCAGCCCUCUCCCUACUCCCGUGGCACUGGAUCCUUCUCUCUGUGGACCUGUACAGGUAUAUUCCGCGUAGACAGCUAUACCCAUAUACUUACCCCUUAGGGAUUUUCAGGUUAGAAUAGGUCCCAAGGACAUGAUGCUUGUCGUAGGAGACGACCCUUGAAUUAAGAUCGGGUAGGUUACAAUGUUUCAAGCGUAUAUGCAUCUAUAGAUAUGGACACUUGUCCGUUAGUCCGAGACUGGUGGAAAUCUACACACAAAUCCAUAAUAAGCUACAGAUAAGUUGGAUAUGCCAAGUCAGGUCUACCUUCACUCAGGCCUGAUAGUAUAGAUUGACGCAAAUCGUUUCCCGAGUAUAAAUGCGAUGUAUUUGUGAUCCAUAUCAUGACAGAAGACAAAGUUCUGUGCACGUUUAAAGCAGUUACGGUACUAUGCAGUGACUUGUGUACUGCUGACUGUUCACCUAAUCAACCCCGUUUAAUUCAUCUUUAUCUGGAUGAUGCCGUCACCGCCUCGCGUCUCCACCUACACCAAGACGCCCAGCACCACGCUUUAAGUCUUCCACAGGAGCACACCAAGAAGCGCAGACGUACAUCCAGGAGGUCCAAGGCCCGCGUCGACAAACAGGUGUUGAUGCUCAGGUUGCCGUUCUCCAGACUGAGUCUACAACCUCUCUCAGAGCGUUCUGCUACACGAGACACAGAAGGUGCUGCUACGGGUUCUGGACAACUUGGCGCUCGAUCCAGGAAGGUUCAUCCUCACAAAGAUGUCCAUAGUAACCAGCCACUUGACCUUUCCCGCAAACGGAAGCGAAGCAAUCUGGACACCAUUGUCGGCGACAAGCACCGCCGCGUGGAGACAGCAACACCAUUCCUUCCGGGCGGGGUGAAGAAGUGCGAGAUUGUCCACCAGGUGGAGACACUUAAGACAGGAGAAGCCGCCUCAACGGCAGCAACCCCGGGUGAUGUGAGCCGCGGCAGACGUCGUGUGUGGCGGAGAAAGCAAGGCAACUCCCCCACCAAAAAGAUGACCGAUGUCCCGAGCUCCACAACUAACCGACGGCGCAUCCAGAGACUUGCCGAGUCACCACUUGACCUAUGAAUAAAUGAAUGAAUGAAUGAAUGAAUGAAUGAAUGAA